AUGUCAGGAAGCAACGGACAACGUAGGAGGGCUCCACAGGUUGAAGAACAGGAGUUGGCAACUAAGACCCUACAAAUUCUUAACAAGCGCUUUUAUCUUGACGUGAAGCAAAAUGACCGUGGGCGUUUCAUAAAAAUUACUGAAGUCGCUGUCAAUGGACACAAAUCACGCAUCCUAAUGUCAGUCCCAGCUGCGUACGAGUUCAAAGAAAAAUUAGAUGAAAUUAUUGAAGCUCUUAGUACAUUGACAGAACACAAUUUACAAAAUGCUCAUCCGGACGCUUUGCUAAAAUCCGCCAACGUUGUAAAGGAUAAUCGUCGCUAUUACCUCGACCUCAGGGAGAAUGAACGUGGUAGAUUCUUGCGCAUUUCGAUGCUGUCUAUGGGUGUUCGUGUCACUAUAGUCGUUCCAGCUGACGGAAUUACUAGUAUGCGUGACGGAAUCGCUGAAUUGAUUGCUAAUUACUGCAGUGUUGCUGAUCUAAACGCGCCAUCUGAUUUGCCUGAAGCGAAAGUUAUGUUCGCCGGAAACAAAACAUUUUACUUCGAUGUAGGGUCAAACCGCUAUGGCGUUUUCUUACGUAUAUCAGAAUUACGAUCAAACUAUCGUACUGCAGUUACCAUCCCGGAGCAUCAUUGGGCUCGAUUCCGUGACAUCUUGAACGAAGUUGCUAUCAGCAAAUCGGAUACUUCUUCAAAUGCCAAAAGCAGCCCACCGAUUGUCAGUGAUUCUUCGAAAUCGGAUAGCACCAAUGGAGGAAGCGUUGGCAGUGGAAUUGAGCGAGAGUCAGUGGAAGCCGGUGACAACUCCAAGGCAGCACCAAAUUCUACCCCAGAACCGGCCGCUAUUCCUGUUGCGUAG